GCCUCUCGGUCUCUUCUUUAUUAAAUCUACGGCUCCAGACCGGAAGUGAUCGUUUGUUCCGCGAGGUGAAGAUCAGCAGUAGAAGAAAAACGUAAACAUUAAGAUGGCUCACAGGCUCCUGCUACGUCGAAUUUGGACGCUGUCUUCCAAAGAGAUCCGCUGCCUCCCGUCCUCCACUGCCUCCGUCGCCUCCUCCUCUUUCUCCACCUCCCUGCAGUCCAACACAGCCCGGGUGUUCCUCCUCUCUCCGUCACGCACUGCCCCUCGCUCCCUUCCUCACACCUUCAGCCGGGCGGUCUCCUUCAACGUCCAGGACCACGACGACUUCACCGAGAGGGUCAUCAACAGCGAGCUGCCCGUCCUCGUCGACUUCCACGCACAGUGGUGUGGUCCCUGUAAGAUCCUCGGGCCGAGGCUGGAGAAGGCUAUAGCGAACCAGAAGGGCCGCGUGGCCAUGGCCAAAGUUGACAUAGACGAUCACACAGACCUCGCUAUUGAAUAUGGGGUGUCUGCUGUCCCGACAGUCAUCGCCAUUCGUGGAGGAGACGUGGUCGGCCAAUUCGUCGGGAUCAAAGACGACGAUGAGCUGGAGUCGUUUGUCAGCAAAGUCAUUGGACAGUGAAGCAUGUGUCCCCGCCCCCCUCCCCCCACUCACCAACAUACUUCUUCUUUCUUUUGUACAACUCCAACAUGGCCCGGCAGCCCUUCGCCGCCGCCAUCUUGAACCUGUUUAGCAGGCACCAACAACAAUUACAGCCGUGCCACCAUCCCAGCUGGCAAACUCUCAAACCCUCACACCCAGACCUCAACACUCUGCCUCCGCUGCUCCGCUCCCGUCUCGCUCUUGCUUCUCUUGUCUAGCGCUGGGUGUGGGCCUCCAUUAGCCCUUUAGUUCACGCUGUGCUCCAUUUUGGAGGCAGCUCCAUUUCUCUUGAAUAAUGUGACGGCUCCUCGGCUCCUUUCCAUAACCCCGGAGCCGCCGAGCUGGUGUGUAACAGUUUCAUGUAAACGUUUGUAGAAUGGAACCUACAACCCUGUUACGCACUUAUUCUGUUUUACAUGAGGGACGAGCAAUUUAUAGUUUUAUUAAAACCAGACGAUACUGAAUGGGAAUCGUGACAGUGUUACCUGUAGUUCCUGCUUUUCUCCAGGAGAGGGUGGCAUUUCUUUUAACAUUGCAGAGCCACACAUGGUCAUUUUACACCAUUAUGCCUAAUACUGUGAGAGGAAGGUGUGUUUGUGUGUGUGUGUGUUUGUGUGUGUGUGUGUGUGUGUGUGUACGUUCGUCUUUAGGUCCCGACUGUGAAGCUUAAGUCGAGCAGGUAUUGCAAAUUCUGACUUUUAUUUAGUUUAUUAUUGAAAUGAACUCUAUGUACAGAAAACAUGUGAUAAAAGUCGGUAAUAAAGAAAACAAAAGAUGUUCUGUA